AUGUCGACUGUGGAGACUACCCCCGUGGAUUUAGAUGCAAAUUUUUGUGUUGGUAGUGGUGGUACUGAUAUUCGCCGUCAGCGACGCCGCCGAAGACGGCGGAGGAGGAGACCCUCUUUGGCAUGCAGUAGCGAGACCACCACAGACGGAAGCAGCUUUCGCUUUUCCGACACUGACUCAGACGACUUGGCGGCUGAUGGAAGGCCCGAAAAUUGCAGCAUCUCUAAACGGGCCAAGGUCGUUCGCCGGAAGAAAUUCAACCGUCCGGUGAAUUCAGACUCAGAAGAGAUUGAUCUAGAAUCUGGCGAGUUGGAGCUGAAAAUGCAGAACAACUUGGAAGAAAAAAGAGUGAUUCGGGAUUGUAGAAUUUGCCAAUUGAGUUCGGAAGAAAAUGUAAAUUGCGAUUCGGGUCGAGGAGAUGAAGAAUUCAAUGGGAUUUUGAUUGAAUUGGGUUGUAAUUGUAAAGGUGAUUUGGGGGCUGCUCACAAGAGCUGUGCUGAAAACUGGUUCAAGAUGAAGGGAGACACAAUUUGUGAAAUCUGUUGUGCCAAUGCACUGAACAUCGUCGGCGAGCAGGCGGUCAACAUAAACAUUGCAACUAAUGCAGCUUCAUUGGAAACGCCUGUGUUCGUCACCGAGAAUGAAAGCUUCUGGCGUGGUCGUCGGCUUUUGAAUGUUCUACUUGCUUGCAUGAUUCUGGCCUUUGUCAUUUCUUGGCUUUUUCACUUUAAGGUUCUACCAUAA